AUGGCAGAUUUAAAGGAAGUAAAAAAUGAAGUAAAUUUUGCUAGAGACGAUGAAGGACACCAAUUGAAUGAAUCCGCAGCAGCUAUUCCUCAAACUGUACAAUCACAAACAUAUCCUCAAUCAUCUGGAAGACAAAGUUUUGAUAGUGAAACAGAAGUACGAGCUGCUGCUGCUGCUGAAGCAGCACAACAACGACUACAGCAUCAAUUAUCUAGGCAAAAAUCGGGAACUUCAAGCAGUCGAACUGCAGAUAGCGUUCGUCGUCAAGCUCAACGUGAACUUGAACAAGAAAAAGUACUUAAAGAUGAAUAUCAAAAAGCAGUUGAUUUAAAAGAACAUUAUUUUGGCAAUCGACAAAUAAGUACUGAAACUGUACCUAUUGUUGAUUAUAAAAAAUUAUUUUUUAAAUGUCCUGAUAUAUUUGGUGAUAAUGAUUGUUUAACAUAUGAUGAAUUACAACAACGAAUUGAAAGUACAUUAAAAUUUCAAUUAAAUUCUGAACCAAUAAUUACUGCAACACGUCUCUUUUUAACAUGUAAUCAAAAAGAUCUAGAUAAAUUAAAUAUUGGCAAAGAAAUUAUUUGUAAAUAUUUCGAUAAUAUUAUUUCAAAUCCAAAUGAAGAUAAAUAUCGUCGAAUUCGUUUACAAAAUAAAAUUUAUCUCGAAAAAGUUUUUCCAUUAAAAUAUGCUAGAGAAUUACUUCAAGCUAGUGGAUUUAUUUCAUCAGAUGAUAAUGAAUCAAUAAUUUAUCAAGAACAUUCUUUUGAACGAUUACAAUUAGCACAUGAUACAUUAAUGAAUAGUAAACCAAUAAAAAUUCAACUUGAUAAAAAUUUAAAAAUAUUUCAACCAACUAGAGAACAAUUAUCUAUACCACGUAUACAACUUUUACCACAAGAUCCAUUAUUUUAUCAAAUAACUACUGAUGAAUUAUUACGUGAAAAACAAAGACAAAAAGAUUUACUUGAAAAAGAACAAAUGUUAAGAACAAAAGCUAUGCGUCAACGUGAUGAAAAAUCUUCUUUAAAUAUUCAAUAUAAAUAUACAAUUUUACGUAUUCGAAUGCCUGAUGAAAUUAUUCUACAAGUUAUCUUUCCGUGUAAUGAUCUUCUUUCAUCUUUAUUUGAAUAUUUACGUUCAUAUUGUCUUGUAUAUAAUACACUUCCAUUUACAUUAACAUCAAUGACUGAUCGUCGAAUCUAUUCAAGUCAAGAUGAACAAUCAAUAACAUUUAAUCAAUGUAAUCUCGUACCAACUGCAUUUCUUUCAUUUCGAUGGAAUGAUCAAGCACUACGUGAAAUAAAAGAACAAGCAGAUUAUUUUUUGACCAAUAUUUAUAUUAAACCUGAAGUAUUAUACAAUGCUGCUCGAUUGUGA